AUGCAAAACUCGAUAAAUUCUUUAGUUCGAUAUUCAAACAUGAAAUUAAUAGUAGUCAGUCUGUUGUUGGCGAUUGCCUUGCUAGGACAAACCAGUGCCAAAAGCGUACUUAACAGCCUUGCCAACGAAAUUGGUCAGGAUGCCUCCGAGUUUGGGCAUGAACUAGGGGAUGAGGGCACUCUAUUUGGACACGAGGCCUCCAACAGCGCCAUCAAUUUAGGUCAUGAACUUUCCCAGGAAGCGGAAGAGGCAGCCAGCAAGGAAGUCAGUUCAGAGCUAACCAAAUUUGGACAGGAAGCCUCCAAUAGUGCCAUCAACUUUGGACAUGAACUCUCUCAGGAAGCGGAAAGCGCACUGAGUCAGGAAAUUAGCUCUACGAAAAAACAAAACUCUUCUUCCUUUGCUCUGCUUACGAAAUCCACGACUGACAAAACUGUUACCAAGGCCACAACAGGUACUGAGGCUACCUGUGCUUGUGUCUGCAGCGAUGGCAGUGCAUCUCAAGUUUCCGGAAAUGUUGUCAAGGCAGCUGAUAAGAUUGCCAGUUCCGCAGCCAAUGCUGCCAGUAGCGUCGCAGGAUCAGCAGCCAGUGCAGCUCAUGAUGUGGCCAGUGCUGCUGGAAAUGUUGCUAGUUCCGCGGCCAAUGCUGCCAGUAGCGUCGCAGGAUCAGCAGCCAGUGCAGCUCACGAUGUAGCCAGUGCUGCUGGAAAUGUUGCUAGUUCCGCUGCAAAUGCUGCCGGAAAUGUUGCUAGUUCAGCUGCCAAUGCUGCCAGUAACGUAGCAGGAUCUGCUGCCAACGCUGCUCACAAUGUAGCCAGUGCUGCUGGAAAUGUUGCUAGUUCCGUAGCAGGAUCUGCUGCCAAUGCCGCUCAUGAUGUGGCCAGUGCUGCCGGUAAUGUUGCUAGUUCCGCUGCAAAUGCUGCCGGAAAUGUUGCUAGUUCAGCUGCCAAUGCUGCCAGUAACGUAGCAGGAUCUGCUGCCAACGCUGCUCACAAUGUAGCCAGUGCUGCUGGAAAUGUUGCCAGUUCCGUGGCAGGAUCAGCUGCUAAUGCUGCUAGUUCCGCUGCAAAUGCUGCCGGAAAUGUUGCUAGUUCAGCUGCCUAUGCUGCCAGUAACGUAGCAGGAUCUGCUGCCAACGCUGCUCACAAUGUAGCCAGUGCUGCUGGAAAUGUUGCUAGUUCCGUAGCAGGAUCUGCUGCCAAUGCCGCUCAUGAUGUGGCCAGUGCUGCUGGAAAUGUUGCUAGUUCCGCUGCAAAUGCUGCCGGAAAUGUUGCUAGUUCAGCUGCCAAUGCUGCCAGUAACGUAGCAGGAUCUGCUGCCAACGCUGCUCACAAUGUAGCCAGUGCUGCUGGAAAUGUUGCUAGUUCCGUAGCAGGAUCUGCUGCCAAUGCCGCUCAUGAUGUGGCCAGUGCUGCCGGUAAUGUUGCUAGUUCCGCUGCAAAUGCUGCCAGUAAUGUUGCUAGUUCCGCUGCCAAUGUUGCUAGCAACGUAGCAGGAUCUGCUGCCAACGCUGCCGGUAAUGUUGCAAAUGAUGCGGGCCAUGUUGCUGGAGAUAUAGGCAGUGCUCUCGGCAAUAUCCUUGGAGGCGUUGCCAAUGCUGGUGGAGAUAUCGCCGGAUCUGCUGCCAAUGCUGCUGGUAAUAUUGCUGGAAAUGCCGCAAAUGCUGCUGGUGAUGUCGCCAAUGCCGCUGGCAAUAUUGCUGGCGAUGCUGCUAAUGCUGCCCAAAACGUGGUCCACUCAAUUACCAACUUGCUUUAGAGUGAACCCGAAAAGGAGAGCCAUUUAUUAAUCACUUUAUAAAUUAUUUAAUCAAAUAAAAAGCGAGCAAAUUAACGAGCAAA